GCCAACCUCACGCAGUUUAUCGGUAAUUUCCGGGGAGUCUCCCGGCAGUGCCCACAGUUGGGAGGGGAUUAAUACGUUUCCGCUGUCGCUAAUGAGUAGACAGAAGGAGCAGAGAGAUCUUCAGGGAUGUCUGCUUUGCUUAGUCGGUUGUGUGUGUCUGUGAGGCCGGUGCGGGCCCUGUAUGGGCUGCGGAACAGCGGCACUGGUGCUUAUCGGGGGUACAACACCAACCCGGUUCACUGUUCAGCAUGGUCUGUGGCUCGCGGGUUUUCCACUGUUCCAGCACAAACCAUUAAAUACGAAGAACUGAAAGACUUACUGAAAAAAGAGGGUGUUGCUCUCAUAGAUGUGAGGGAGCCGUGGGAAGUGAAAGAAUAUGGUGUUAUCAAGGGGUCUUUAAACAUUCCAUUGGGUGAUUUGGUUUCGGCAUUGCAGUUGGAUCCUACAGUUUUUGAAAAAAAAUAUCAAAUGAAAAUGCCAGAGAAAACCAGCACUUUAAUUUUCUCCUGUCUCGCUGGAAUCCGAAGCAAGAAUGCUGUUAAUGUUGCAGAAUCACUAGGUUUUAAUAGAGUUCAUCAUUAUUCAGGUGGCUUUGACGACUGGGCAAGACAUGAACCACCAGAAAAAAAGCUUUGAUACAACCUCUUUGAUAUGCACAUUAUAUCCUAAUGUAUGCUUUCUUCUUUACUACAACUGUUUAUAGGUUUUCACAGGUCAUGCACUGACUAAAAGGGAGGAAAUUGUUAUAUACCUUUAUAUUGUAUAUGAGGCUUUUUGUGAUUAAACUUUUUUCAUCAGUGUA